AUGGCCCCAUCCAUGAAAACCGAGGUCGAGAACCCUAAGUUUGUGAGCGCAAAGAAGCCUAAUUUGGACAUCAGCCUUCAAGACUAUCUUGAACUAUCAAAGGUCGUCUUUGACUGGGCGGACAGUUAUGACUUCAAGGACUGGGAACGCUUGAGAGGCAUUAUUGCACCGACAUUAACUGUUGACUACACCCAGAUAGGCCUCAGUCGCUGGGAGUCAAUGGACGCCGAGGAAUACAUGGCUAUGGUGACUGAUCCAGGAUUCUUAGGUGAUCCGACAGUUAAAACUCAACACCUUCUUGGUGCAACGUGGUGGGAGAAAAUUUCCGAGACAGAGGUCAUAGGUCAUCAUCAGCUGCGUGCAGCCCAUCAGGUAUAUACUGACCCAAGUCUCAAGACGGUCAGAGUCAAAGGUCAUGGCCAUGCGACGAACGAACACUACUACCGCAAAGUGAAUGGUGUGUGGAAGUUUGCAGGUCUGAAACCGACUGUGAGAUGGAAUGAAUACCAAUUUGAAGAGGUAUUCAAAGCUUGCCAUCAUUAG